UUGUCUUCUUGAUAUCAGCAGAGUUUUUUCUUCUCACCGUCAUGGCCUACGACCGCUACAUUGCCAUCUGCAAGCCCCUGCACUACGGGACCCUCCUGGGCAGCAGAGCUUGUGUCCAGAUGGGAGCAGCUGCCUGGGGCAGUGGGGUUCUCAAUGCUGUCCUGCACACUGCCAAUACAUUUUCCCUGCCCCUCUGCCAAGGCAAUGCUGUGGACCAGUUCUUCUGUGAAAUCCCUCAGAUCCUCAAGCUCUCCUGCUCAGACUCCUACCUCAGGGAAAUUGAGCUUCUCACAUUUAGUGGUUUUCUGUUUUGGGGGUGUUCUGUUUUCAUUCUUUUCUCCUAUGUGCAGAUCUUCAGGGCUGUGCUGAGGAUGUCCUCUGAGCAGGGACGGCACAAAGUCUUUUCCACGUGCCUCCCUCACCUGGCCGUGGUCUUUCUGUUUCUCAGCACUGGCAUGUGUGCCUACCUGAAGCCCCCCUCCAUCUCCUCUCCAUCCCUGGACCUUGUGAUGGCUUUCCUGUACUCGGUGAUGCCCCCAGCAGUGAACCCCCUCAUCUACAGCAUGAGGAACCAGGAGCUCAAGAAUGCCAUUAGGAAAGUGAUGUCAUGGACGUUUGUAAGGAUGUGUUGA